AAUGGUGUGGAUAUUUUUGUGGAUAUUGCUCAUAUCUUGUCUCUGCAUUGUUUUGUAUCUCAAGAAAAGGAGAAAAAGAAUGUCAAAUGAGCCACCUCUCGAUAAAGGUCUGGUCCCUUGGUUGGGACACGCUGUGGAAUUUGGAAAGGACAGUGCAACCUUUUUAUUGAAAAUGAAGAGAAAGCAUGGAGAUAUUUUCACAGUUCAAAUGGCAGGACGUUUUGUGACUGUAUUGCUUGAUCCCCAUUCAUAUGAUUCCGUCUUGUGGGAGUCGACUGCAAAACUGGACUUCGCGGCAUAUUCACGUCUUUUAAUGGAUAGAAUAUUCGAUGUUCAGCUACCUAACUAUGAUCCCCACAAAGAGAAGAAUAUGAUGAAAACGCAACUGCAAGGGGAAAACCUUUCCACAUUGACACAAGCAAUGUCAUCCAACCUCCAAAAUGUUUUGCUGUCUGAAGCAAAGGGAACAACGAAGACGUGGAUGAAAGAAGGACUAUUUAACUUCUGUUACAACAUCUUGUUCAGGGCAGGAUAUCUUACGCUGUUUGGAAAUGAACGUGAGCAUAGUAAUAAGGAGACGUCAAAAAACAAAGACAGGAUUCAUUCCGAAACUGUCUACCAUGAAUACAGGAGACUUGACCAACUAUUGAUAAAAUUAGCCUAUUCAACCCUAUCUGCUGAUGAGAAGAAGGAAGCAGCUUCGGUGAAGAAACGCCUCUGGAGCUUACUGUCUGGAGAAAAUCUCAAUGGCAAAUUGAACAGGAGCAACUGGCUCGAAGGUUACAGAAAUCAUCUUCAAGAUUUGGAGCUACAGGAUGACAUGCUGGCCAGGGCAAUGGUGCUGCAGAUCUGGGCCACUCAGGGUAACAUUGGUCCUGCAACAUUUUGGCUCUUGGCGUUCCUGCUGAAACACCCAGAAGCAAUGACUGCAGUCCUGGACGAAAUCAACAGAAACGGGAAGCUCCACGGAAAUAAAAUUCAAUUUAAUAAUCCGCUACUUACCAUCAGUCAAGAUCUUCUCGACAACACUCCUGUCUUCGAUAGCAUUCUGAAUGAAAUUCUGAGAUUGACAGCAGCACCCUAUAUAAGCAGAGAGAUUCUUCAAAAUAUGACCCUCCGGCUAGCAGAUAGCAGAGAAUAUAAUCUCCGAAAGGGAGACAGACUUUGCCUUUUUCCUUAUUUAAGCCCCCAGAUGGAUCCAGAAAUCUACGAAGAGCCUGAGAAAUUUAAGUACGACCGAUUUUUGAAUGCAGAUGGAACAGAGAAAAAGAACUUCUUCAAGAAUGGAAAGCAGUUGAAGUACUACAACAUGCCCUGGGGUGGAGGGGGCAAUGUGUGCAUUGCACGAGUGUAUGCAAUAAACAGCAUAAAAUUGUUUGUGUUCAUGAUGCUCAGUCAAUUUGAUUUCCAACUCGCUGACCCAGAAGCAAGAAUUCCAGUCUUUGAUACAAGCAGAUAUGGAUUUGGGUUGAUGCAGCCUGAACAUGAUAUCAUAUUCCAGUAUAAACCAAAGGUUGAAUAGACCCAAGGACAACUGAGAAGUACACAUCGCAACUUAAGUUGGAGAGGGAUAAGCAAUUUCUGACACUUUAUGACUUCACACAGCUGCUUUGAGAAACCUCCUAACACGAAAGACCCUAUAUCAAAUGCAAGGAUCAUUAUCAUUUCCAUUAAUAACUUGCGUGAGAAUAAACAGACAGAUUCACCUGUAUCUGCUUCUAACCAAAUGCCUGGUAAGUGACCUUAGCUGGGGAGAUCCUGUUGGAGUACAUCUGCCUCCAAGCACUCGUGGUUUCAGAUCAAUAGUGAGCUAGCUGUCUUUUGUUAUAUUCAGUGUCUGGUGCACAUUUGCUUUGUGUAAGUAGAAAAUGAAAGUAAAGAUGCUUCACUUAUGCACUGGUACCAAUGCUAAGAAACAGCCAUACUCUCAUCAGAAUCCCCUUUAUUAACAUCACACAAUCCAUCUUACAUUAUUCUUCACAUGCCCCAUGGAGAGCACAUGCUGUCAAAGCUCAAUAUUAAUAAAAUAAAUUCCUGGGCUGGAUCUAAACGUAAGUGCUAACUGAUUAAUGUUACCCCCAAAAACGACCAUCUCCUGAAAGGCUCAAUCUUUUCAUUUAAGUGAUCCACCCAUGGAGUUCAAAAUGUUUCUACAUUGUCCAGAAGUAAAUGGACACAUUCCAAUCAGUGAGAGAGAACUGUAGAAGCAUAUGAGCUCAAGCUGGGAUGGAAUAGAGACAGAGAUAUUUAUGUGGAGCACAGGUUCAGAAGACAAAACUCAAAUAAUCUCCUUUUCAGUGCAGCUUCUUGUUGUGCCUUCUUAAUUCAUACGGUCAAUCAUUUAACUUAAAUUCAUUUGGUCGUCUUUCCUCUCCUCACCUCCCCCAGCUCCUACCCUCAGCUCAGGUGUCA